ACGGCUUGGCUGCUCCACCUUGCGAGAGGCCAGAGCGCCCCGGCCCCGGCAGAGGCCAGCAGCGCCUGGAGCCCCGCAGCAGUGCGCCGGGCCGCCCAGAUCCCCGCGAUGGAGAUGGCAGAGGCGGAAUUGCACAAGGAGAGGCUGCAAGCCAUAGCAGAGAAAAGAAAGAGGCAGACAGAAAUAGAAGGAAAGAGACGACAGCUUGACGAACAAGUCCUGCUGCUGCAGCAUUCCAAGUCCAAAGUCCUUCGGGAAAAAUGGCUGCUGCAGGGUGUUCCUGCGGGAACAGCAGAGGAGGAGGAAGCCAGGAGACGGCAGUCUGAAGAGGAUGAGUUCAAAGUCAAGCAGCUUGAAGAUAACAUUCAGAGGCUGGAGCAGGAAAUACAAGCGCUCGAAAGUGAAGAGUCCCAGAUAUCUGCCAAAGAGCAGCUCAUCCUCGAGAAACUGAAGGAGACAGAGAAAUCCUUCAAGGACCUGCAGAAGAGUCUCUCCACUGCUGAUGGAGCUGUAUACGCCAUGGAAAUUAAUGUGGAGAAAGACAAACAAACAGGAGAGACCAAGAUUCUCUCUGCAUCCACCAUUGGCCCAGAGGGGGUCCAUCAGAGAGGAGUCAAAGUCUAUGAUGAUGGUACCAAAGUAGUGUAUGAGGUGCACUCAGGAGGCACCGUGGUAGAAAACGGAGUCCACAAACUAAGCGCAAGGGAUGUGGAAGAACUAAUUCAGAAGGCUGGACAAUCGAGCUUCAGGGGGCACAUGUCAGAAAGGACUGUUGUUGCAGAUGGGAGCCUGGGCCAUCCCAAGGAACACAUGCUCUGCAAAGAAGCCAAGUUAGAGAUGGUGCAAAAAUCCAGGAAAGAUCACGCUUCGGGAAACCCCGCGCAGCAGGCCCAGCCCUCCGGCACGGAGGGGCCAGAGGCGAACCUGGAUCAACCCGUCACCAUGAUUUUUAUGGGCUACCAAAACAUCGAAGAUGAAGAGGAGACUAAAAAGGUGCUAGGCUACGACGAAACCAUCAAGGCCGAAUUAGUCCUGAUCGAUGAAGACGAUGAGAAGUCUCUAAGAGAGAAGACGGUGACGGAUGUGUCCACGAUCGACGGGAACGCAGCUGAGCUGGUGUCCGGGAGGCCCGUGUCAGAUACCACAGAACCCUCCUCCCCAGAAGGCAAGGAAGAGAGCCUGGCCACAGAGCCGGCCCCAGCAUCUGGGUGGUCCGGUGCACUGCUACAGGGGGAUGAAGCAACUGCAGAUCCCAUAGGAACCGACGCAGACAUGGCCAUUGAGAAGCCUCCCCAGCUUUCUGAGGAUGCCAACCAGCUGAGAAGCAAGCGAGACAGCUGUGGUGACAUCCGCCUGGAGCCUGCUGCCACCUCUCUCUCCUCAGAUCACAAAAACAUGGAAAUUGAGGUGGCUGUGACAGAAUGUAAAAGUGUACCUGGAAUCACCUCUACCCCCCAUUCCAAGGACCACUCCUCCCCUUUUUAUUCGCCUUCACACAAUGGCCUCCUCACUGAUCACCAUCAGUCCUUAGAUAAUGAUGUCGCCCGAGAGAUCCAAUAUCUAGACGAGGUGCUGGAGGCCAACUGCUGUGAUUCCUCUGUGGAUGGAACUUACAACGGAAUCUCCUCCCCAGAGCCUGGUGCGGCCAUACUGGUGAGCAGCCUGGGCUCACCUGCCUAUACACCUGCCCACUCAGCUACCGAGGCAGAACCCACGGAGGAAGCAUCUGGCAGGCAGGUGCCUCCUCACAUCGAGCUCAGUAGAAGCCCUUCUGACACCAUGGCUGAAGGAGAAAGAGCCAAUGGACACGCCACUGACCAGCCCCAGGGCAUGCUGGGGGAUGGCCUGCAGGCACCUGCCAGCCCCAGCUCCUCCACCAGCUCCCACUGCUCCUCCCGUGAUGGGGAGUUCACGCUCACCACGCUGAAGAAGGAGGCCAAGUUUGAGCUGCGUGCCUUCCACGAGGACAAGAAACCCUCCAAACUCUUUGAGGAGGACGAGCGCGAGAAGGAGCAGUUCUGCGUGCGGAAAGUGAGGCCCUCCGAAGAGAUGCUGGAGCUGGAGAAGGAGCGGAGGGAGCUCAUUCGGAGCCAGGCUGUGAAGAAGAAUCCCGGCAUCGCCGCCAAGUGGUGGAAUCCCCCCCAGGAGAAAACUCUUGAGGAACAGCUGGAUGAGGAACAUCUGGAGUCCCACAGAAAGUACAAGGAGCGUAAAGAGAGAAGGGCACAGCAGGAACAGCUGCAGUUGCAGCAGCAGCAACAGCUGCAGCAGCAGCAACAGCUGCAGCAGCUGCCCCUACCCCAGCUCUACACAGCCCCAGCUUCUCACGAACAUCUAGAUGGCAUGGAACACACCAAGGAGGAUGUCGUCACUGAGCAGAUUGACUUCUCUGCUGCACGCAAGCAGUUCCAGCUGAUGGAGAAUUCCAGGCAGACGUUGGCCAAGGGCCAAAGCACACCAAGGCUGUUCUCCAUCAAGCCUUUCUACAAACCCCUUGGGUCCAUCAACUCAGACAAGCCACCAACUAUCCUGCGGCCACCUACCGUUGUCGGGGGACCUUCGGAAGACAGCAGCACACAGGCAGCCAAGGGGCAGAAGGUGUCCUGUGUAUCUGAGAGCCAGUCUGCAGGAGCAGGCCCGGGGAGCACUGCCACUCAGGGAAAGGAAGGGCCAUACAGUGAGCCUUCCAAACGUGGGCCCUUGUCUAAACUAUGGGCAGAGGAUGGAGAGUUCACGAGUGCCCGGGCCGUUCUUACUGUAGUCAAGGAUGAAGAUCACGGGAUUUUGGACCAGUUUUCCAGAUCCGUCAAUGUAUCUUUGACCCAAGAGGAGCUAGACUCAGGUUUGGAUGAGUUGUCCGUGAGGUCUCAGGACACCACUGUCCUGGAGACUCUGUCCAAUGACUUCAGCAUGGACAACAUCAGCGACAGCGGAGCUUCCAACGAGACACCCAAUGCCCUCCAAGAAAACUCGCUGGCUGAUUUCUCUCUGCCUCAGACUCCCCAAACAGACAACCCCGCAGAGGGUCGAGAAGGGGUCUCCAAGUCAUUCAGCGACCAUGGUUUCUAUUCUCCCUCCUCCACCCUGGGAGACUCCCCAUCAGUUGAUGACCCCUUGGAAUAUCAGGCUGGGCUCCUGGUGCAGAAUGCCAUUCAACAAGCCAUAGCUGAGCAGGUGGAUAAGGCUGAGCCACACUCCAGUAAGGAGGGCUCGGAACAGCAGGGACCCGCAGCAACCGCCAAGGAAGCCGGAAGCCAGGCUUCCGCCUCCGAGAAACCCCAGAGCAUGUUUGCACCACCUCAGGUGUCCUCUCCCGUUCAAGAGAAAAGGGAUGUAUUACCAAAGAUCCUCCCCGUGGAGGACAGGGCACUCAGGGAAAAGGGGCCCUCCCAGCCGCCCACAGCUGUGCAGCCCAGUGGGCCAGUCAACAUGGAGGAGAGCAGGCCGGAAGGAGGCUAUUUCAGCAAGUACUCCGAGGCAGCCGAGCUGAGAAGCACAGCCUCCCUCCUGGCUACCCAAGAGUCUGAUGUCAUGGUCGGGCCCUUCAAACUGAGGUCGAGGAAGCAGCGGACUUUGUCCAUGAUCGAGGAAGAGAUCCGAGCCGCCCAGGAAAGGGAAGAGGAGCUGAAGCGGCAGAGGCAAGUGGCGCAGAGCAUCCCGAGCCCCAGGGCCAAGAAUGCCCCAUCUCUGCCUUCUAGAACCGCCUGCUACAAGACUGCUCCAGGGAAAAUAGAGAAAGUCAAACCUCCUCCAUCCCCCACAACUGAAGGUCCCAGCUUGCAGCCUGACUUAGCCCCUGAAGAGGCCGCCGGAACCCAGCGGCCCAAGAACCUGAUGCAGACCCUCAUGGAAGACUAUGAGACACACAAAUCUAAAAGGCGCGAGAGAAUGGAUGAUAGUAGUUACACCUCUAAGUUACUGUCUUGCAAGGUGACUUCCGAGGUCCUGGAGGCCACACGGGUUAAUCGAAGAAAGAGCGCUCUGGCCUUGCGCUGGGAGGCAGGGAUUUAUGCCAACCAGGAGGAGGAGGGUGACGAAUAAACUUCCUUCAGCCCAGGAAACUCCUUUGCUGAAGGAGUUUCUGCAAAGAAACCAAGAGAUUAUCAGUUCAGAAGCAUUUUAACUGACUAUUUAUUAAAGUGCAUACAAACUCAACAAUCCUCAUGUAGACCAGAAGCUGCAAUACACAAUGAUUUAAAAAACAACAAACAAACAAAAAACAAAACAAAAAGUGAAGAGGAAGUCCACCCAUCAAACUCUGAGACCCGAGAGUCAGAAGAGGAAGGAUUUCUUUGUGGUUCAAAGAAGCCCCUGGCCUUGGACCAUUCCACAACCAGUCCAAAGGGACACGGGCAUGACAAAAUCGUCAACGUCGUUGCUGCAGGCAGAACUGAAGCCAGCCUGGGCUGGGUGAGGAGGAGGAGGAGGAGCCAACGGUGACACAGUCAUUCCAAGGCAACAAACAGGGCCCGGGUUGUUCCUCCACACCAGCUUCCCGCCCCUUUCUCUCUUGAGGCAUCAGACGUGUUGGGUUGACUCCAUUUUUCUCCAGCAGCUGUAAAACAAAUGGUGUUUCUUUCCACGGUUGCCCAAAAAGGGCAAUGAGAAUUCAAUCUCUGUCAUGUGUAAUCAAUCAUUUUUAAUUGGGAACACUUAAUGGUCACAAUAUAUAAAAUCUGCAUUUUAUAGACAAUAUCUUUCCAUGUUGCAGAUGCAAUCUAUUCUACGGUAGGAGGAUGAGGACGGUGGGGGGGGGGAGAGCCAAACCAAAUGGGUUAUUAGCUUUAGGACCUUCUCUGCUUAUCCUGGUGACUGAUCUGUUUAGGGAAACACACUUUCACAGUUAUGUUUCUUCAUAUGAAAACUAUAUUUAGUGGGCAAUGAUUAUUUUUAUGAUGGGAUGGGGAAAUAGGAACAUGGGUAAAAUCUGUACACGUUGAACAGCUUGGUUCAAGAUGGUAGGAGUAUUUUUAGAAUGGCAAUAAUUGGAAACAAAAGGGGGCAGACUCUGCCUUAGAAGGGUAGAUGAUCAGGAACACAGUGUUUAUAACUAUUUUGUAUUUUAAAAUGGGCCUUAGAGGUGGUUGGGGCAUAGGAUGGACUGUUUUGGAUCUGAGAAAGGCAACAUUAAAGUCUUGGAGGUAGAGAGAGAAAUGGGGUGGGAGGGAGAAAGAGUGGGAAAGGAAGGAAGAGAAAUUAUUUUUGCUGAACAACCAGUGUUUUUCAGGAUGACAAAGAGAAAACUAUAGAAUAGAAAUUUAAGUACAGACGUGGAAUCAGCUACAAAUCCUAAAGAUGGUGUGUAUGCCUUUGUGUGCCUGUAUAAAGGGUGCAUGUUCAUGAGUAAGGUAUGGCGUGUGUGUGUGUGUGUGUGUGUGUGUGUGUGUGUGUGUGUGUGUGUGUGUGUUGACUGUGACACUUGGGUGGACAGUGUUUCCUCCAUAGCUGUCUGCCAGCAUCAGGUGUGAGUGACAAUUUUCUUUUUUUUAUGAAAAGGGAUAUAAAGGCACAGGGCUGACGCAGUAUUUCUAAUAUUGAACUGACCUAACAUGGUAUUUGCAUGAGUCAUGAUUGUGAGGUUUUGCGCAGUUUUGUAUUGAUAAUUUGACAUUUAGAACACAGCCUAUUUAUUCUCAUGCUUUGUAUUCAUGCCUCAUGAGCUACAGAGGACUCAGCUUUACUCUUUGUCUCAUUUAAAGCAAUAUGAAUAAGGGGUUCACUCAUCAGGUGCCCUGAGUUUCUGGAUGAGGAAAUGUUUCAUUUCUGGCAAGGAGGGGGUGGGGGAGGGGGAGGGGAAGGAGAAAAAAAGAACUAACCGGUCUUCAUUAUUUUUCCUUUAUCUUAAAAACUAUUUCUUAAAAGCAAUAAUUAAAUCAGACCUUGCUAAAAUUCAUUUUUGUUUUUAUGUUAUUAUAUCAUAAGAUUUAAUAUGUUAUUCUAAUAAGUAGCGACUCCACCAUAUUUAUAUGUACCUUUCCACAUGUUAUCUUUGCUCUUUUUAUUAGACUAGUGUUGACUUUAGGGAAAAGCUUAUUCAUGGAUAAGUAGUGGGCACAAAGUAAAAAGGAAUUGUCGAGUGACUUAUCAGGAUCUUUAAAAACUGCCAAGGGACCCUGUAACUCGAAGCCAAAUUCUGCAGAUGGUAGCCAAAUUGUACGAGGGAAGCGCACACUGUCUUUAGAUAGUUCAUUCUUUUAGACACGAUGUUUUUAAAAUGCUAGACAUUGGAGACAGAAGACAAAUGAGAAGCUGCUGCAGGGAAUUUGCUUUCUAAUAAGGAAGGCUCUUCCAGAAGCUAAUGUCCUGGAGCAUGACAUCCAUGUCAGGUUAGAAGUCCUGCUAGGUGGAUGGCCACACUGGUGGGCACAUCUUUGCCUAAGGAUUUCCAGCUGGAGGCCCCAAAUGCCAGGCUUGAGUACACAGUGAUGUGGGUGUUCCUUCCCUUGGGAAAUACAGGGACAAGGACACAUGAGGAAAGGGUAGCUGCAGAGUCCCAUGGCCCCACACAGUGGUAGUUAGAACGCCUGGAGAGUAGGAUAGUGUGGGUCAUACGAGGAAAGACCUGCUUCAUGGUUUCUGGAUCUGCUGGAGACUGGAGGCAGUGUAAAGCAACUUCCUCAGUUCUCACAAGAGGAAACAGGCCUCAUGAUUUCCUUAAAUUUCCUGUCCUGUUUGGAAGGGAAACUUGGACCCACACAGAGGUCACAUUGAGGAGAGAAUUGGCAGCCAGCCGGGGGCCACACAAUCCAUGGAAUUACUUUGGUGGGAGAUGAAGUGCUCUUUUGACUGCAGUAGAUUGAGCAAGAAAUUCUAGGAUCGGGGAUUAUACAGCUGGGCCCCCUGCGCCAUACGCCUUUUGUAGAUAAGGAGACACCCAGUGUCUGUGACUCUUUCCUGGUCACACAGCUUUUUUUCACUGGCCCCUCCAUUUCCCAGGGUUACCCAUUUCCCUGAAUUCUAAUGACUGCCGUCUGUUUCCUCGCUCUCCUUGCUGACAGGUGUAUGCUAUUAAAAUGGAAAUCGCAGCUCCAUGGGAGAGCCAGCUUCUCUCUGUGUUCUUGGGAGAUGUUUUUGUCUGGGGGCGGGAGGGUGGUGUUGAAUUGUUUUCCUUAUUCAAGACACAUUUGAGCCAUUGCUUUGGACACAUCUCUGUGCUAGGCUCUAGGAUCCCACGUGGGCUCUUGUCACCUUCCCAAGACAAACCAGCAGGUCCCUGGAGGGAAAUCUGUCCUGCCCCAUAAGCCUGAGGUGAGAGGCUCCUCCCUGGUUUUGCCUCAGCCGCUUGGCUCUCCCCUGCAUCAACACACACGCUUGUUAGUCUGAGCCGUAAGAAAUGUUUAGCUUCUGUAGAUGUUAAAAACCUUCCUGAGAGAACUCCACACCGCAGUGUGGAUACACUCACUUUCCUCCAGAGCCAAUGACUGACGGCCUUGGCUUUCUUAUCUAGGAAUGACGGAAGCAGGGCACAGUGCAUGUCCUUUCCUCUUAUCCAUGCAUGCUGCCCACCCUAGGCAAUGGCGUAGAAACAGUAUAUAGAUCAGUGUCCACACACACACACACACACACACACAUACACACACCACACACACACACAUACACACACUACAAUAAGGAACACCAAAACAGUGUUGAUUGUUGUCUUCAAAAAUAUUUUUUUCACCUGAAGAAUGGACUUAAACUAUGUAUUGAAAAACAAUAGCUUAAGUGUUAGAGAUGGUGAAUGUACCCAGUUUCAGUUAUAAAACCAAUCCUGGAUUUUAAGCAUUCAGUGAGCUGCCAAUUUUUAUUCUGUGUUGCUCUUUAUCCAAAUGACUUUUCCUUUCUUUUUUUUUUUUUAAAUUGGAGGAAGGGUGGGGCGGGAUGGGUGGGGCAAGCAGCAAUACUGUGUUUGAAAAAAAUAUACUCUGUACCUGGCUUUCCUGUGUUAUGUUAACCACUUAAAUGUUUUUAUUCUGCUUCGGUUUUAUAGUGACUGUGAGGCAUUCGAUGCAACUAUACAAUUAUUUUCUCAUUAAAACUCAACAUGUG